AUGGACUUCAGCGGGAAAAAUGACGAUUCAACAACUAACAAAGUUGAGGAAAUGCAUGGGCGGCAUGCUGCUCACAAACAUAAUGACACAAUGGGUGAAAUUGUACCAGGCCAAGAACUACCUGAUAAUGUGAAGGACAAUCAUGGAGUUGAUUUGGUUGAUAAUCAAGUGAAAGAAGUAAAUCCACAUUCUGAGAGCUUGGACACAUAUCAAACCGACGAGUAUGAUGACUGCUUUGAUGAAGAUAUUAAUAUCAUUACAGCUCCACUUGAUAUUUAA